GAUAAUUACAAGUCGGUUUCUCGGUCUUGAACAAAUUGGAAGCAUCUUCAUUAGACUUCGCUUUCACGGAAACAACAGAUUGUGAGUGUGUUUUAUGCGGGAAGCUUGUCGGUUGCAGACUGCCUUUUCGACUUUGAUUUGGUGGUUUCAUGACUUCUGAGUUUUUUAGAGCAAUGCAAUCUCGGUUUUUGUGAGUGAGACGAGGAAAAAUGCUGUCUUUAUCGACAGCGCGGAGCUCAUUGGAGGAAAUGCUGGACUCUCUCCGCCGAGAAGAAGAGACCCAGACGCCCAGGGACUUGCCGCCGCCGCUGCCUCCCAGGCCAAAGCCGACGUCUCGUGCUCGCCUUCCGUCGGCCAAGAGGCCGUUGCCUACGAGUAAAGAAGAAAUGGAAGUGGAAGAUGGGGAGAAAUGCAAUGGACACGUGGCACCGGGAUCUGUCUCGGAUGAUGCCAAAGGGCGUCCCAUCAAUAAGAAGCUUCGUGUUUGGUGUCGGCGACAUGAUGACCGCUGGGAAUCCGGUCAGAUAAAAUCAAACCUGGGGGAGAAAGCUUUGGUUCUGCUAACGGACGGAAGUGCUGUGACAGUUCCCACACAAGACCUUCUACCAGCCAAUCCGCUAAUACUUGACGAAGUUGAUGAUCUUGCACAACUAAGUUAUUUGAACGAGCCUUCUGUUCUCCACAAUCUUCAGUGUAGAUAUUCACAAGAUAAUAUAUAUAGUAAGGCAGGCCCUGUAUUACUAUCGGUCAAUCCGUUUAAAAAUGUCCAGCUAUAUGGGGAUGAUAUAGUUACUGCUUACAGAAAGAAGCUUUUGGACAGUCCUCAUGUUUAUGCUAUUGCUGAUGCAGCAUACAAUGCAAUGAUAGCAGAUGAAGUAAAUCAGUCUAUAGUUAUCAGUGGAGAAAGUGGCUCUGGAAAGACUGAGACGGCUAAGAUUGCAAUGCAGUAUUUGGCAGCUCUUGGUGGAGGUGGUGCUGGAAUAGAAUCUAAAGUCGUGCAAACAAGCUGUAUACUGGAGGCUUUUGGUAAUGCCAAAACAGCCAGGAACAACAACUCCAGCCGAUUUGGAAAAUUAAUUGAAAUAAACUUCAAUGCUGCUGGGACAAUAUGUGGUGCUAAAAUACAGACCUUCCUCCUUGAAAAGUCAAGAGUUGUUCAGUUGUCCGAAGGAGAGCGGUCCUAUCACAUUUUUUAUCAGCUCUGCUCUGGUGUGCCUUCUGGUCUCCGAGGUAGGCUGAGGUUAAGAAGUGCUUCUGAAUACAAAUAUCUCAAUCAGAGUGACUGUUUGCAGAUUCCCAACAUUGAUGAUGCACAGAAGUUUCAUCAUCUUAUGGGAGCCUUAGAUUCUAUCAGAAUAUGUAAAGAAGACCAGGAACAUGCCUUCGAGAUGAUUGCUGCAGUUUUGUGGCUUGGAAACAUAUCAUUUCUUGUAACUGACAAUCAAAAGCACAUUGAGGUUGUUUCUGAUGAAGCUGUUACAAAUGCUGCUGCCUUGAUGGGCUGUAGUGAGCAAGACUUGAUACUUACAAUGUCAACCCGGAGAGUACGAGCUGGAAAGGAUGAGGUCACCAAAUCUUUGACACUUGAACAGGCAAUUGACACAAGAGAUGCAUUAGCAAUGUUUAUUUAUGUGAGCUUGUUCGACUGGCUUGUGGAGCAGAUGAACUUGUCACUUUCCACGGGGAAAGAUAAUAUGGGGCGUUCAAUAAGCAUUCUUGAUAUGUAUGGAUUUGAGUCACUUAAGAAGAAUAGCUUUGAACAGUUUUGCAUCAAUUAUGCUGACGAGCGGCUCCAGCACCAUUUCAAUCAACAUCUCUUCAAACUUGAGCAAGAAGAGUAUGAGUUAGAUGGAAUUGACUGGAAAAGGGUAGAUUUUGAAGACAACCAAGAUUGUGUGGAUCUUUUUGAGAAGACACCUAUUGGAUUCAUAUCUAUAUUGGAUGAAUUAUCAAAUCUUCCCAAAGCUACCGAUUUAACAUUUGCCGCUAAACUUAAGCAUCACUUCAGUACUAACCGUUGGUUUAAAGGAGAAAGAGGUGGAACAUUCAGCAUUCGGCAUCAUGCCGGGGAGGUUCUUUACGAGACGGGAAAAUUCUUGGAAAAGAAUCGGGAUCCUAUACAUUCUGAAAUUAUUGAGCUACUCUCAUCCUGCACUGGACGACUUCCUCAAUUUUUUGCUGCUCUACUUAAGCAAUCCAAGAACCUGAGCAGUGCAUCGACACAGUCAGGGAUGUCAGUGUGUAAGAAGCAAAGUGUUGCCACUAAAUUCAAGGGGCAGCUGUUCAAAUUAAUACAACAUCUAGACAGCACAAAACAACAUUUUAUUCGUUGCAUAAGACCAAAUAACAAGCAGAUUCCUGGUGCAUUUGAAAAAGACAUUGCCCUGGAGCAGCUUCGUAGCUGUGGGAUUCGGCAAGUUGUCAGGAUUUCAAAGUCUGGAUAUCCGGUGCGGAUUAGUCAUCAAGAGUUUAUACGAAGGUAUGUGUCCCUACUCGGGGAACCUAAGGAUUGUCAAGAUCCGUUGAGUUUGUCAAUUGCCAUUCUGCAGAAGUUUGGGAUCGUGCCAGAGAUGUACCAAGUUGGUUAUACAAAGUUAUACUUUCGAAAAAGUCAGAUUGAUGUCUUGGAAGAUGUUAGAAAACAAGUUAUCCAAGGUACUCUUGAGGUGCAGAAGUGUUUCAGUGGGCACCACGCUUGCCAGGAUUUCCGUAAACUCAAGGAAGAAGUAGUGACAUUGCAAUCAUAUAUUCGCGGUGAAAUUGCUAGAAAGGAGUAUGGUGCGUUACUCGGGUCCCAAAAGCAGGUUAUCCGUGGGGGAUCAGAGGAGCAGUUUAUGGCAAUUGCACGAAUACAGUCUGUAAUUCGUGGAUGGUUGGCCCGUAAACAAUUUAAUCACCUCCGGAACUCUAAACAGUCAUAUGUUGAAGAGCUACGGAAGCGUGUGUUGGUGGCAGAAGCGACAGUUGGACAGAAGGAAACAGAAAAUAUGGCUUUAAGAGAGCAGGUGGUGCAAUAUGAAGCGCGAUGGUCCGAAUAUGAAUCCAAGAUGAAAUCCAUGGAGGAGAUGUGGCAAAAGCAAAUAACAUCUCUACAAAUGAGCUUGGCUGCAGCCAAGAAGAGUCUUAUUGCUGAAAAUGCUACAAAGCCAGCAAGAAGGCUCGAUGAAGCGCAGUCGCCUCAAUUUUAUGAAUCCGAGGACACAUCUAGAACUCACACGCCGGGUGGUAGCUCCCCAGUCAGACGCGCCAACAAUGGCGUCGAUGAGUUGCCUUCUCGAGACACGAACGCAAGCCUGAACCCUGUGAGCCAUCUCACCCAAGAGUUCGAGGAGAGAAGCCGUGCAUUCAAUGAUGCAGUUGUGGAGGUCAAGUCAGACCAGUCGCCUAUACACGCGAUAGAGGAAUUCCGGAGGCUGAGAGACAGGUUCGAAGCGUGGAAGAAGGACUACAAGGCGAGGUUGAAGGAAGCAAAGGCGAAAGUGUACAAGCUGGGGAGAAUCGAAGCAGAGAAACACAGAAUGAAAUGGUGGGGGAGGAAAAGUAAGAGAUGAAGCACCCAUGCAUCUGUAUAUAUCCAAUUUUGUUGAUGCAUUGUAAGUCUAAAUCUCUCUCUCUUCUAUUCUUGUAUAGUAUUAGCAAUUUAAUUAAUGUUUACUUUCUCCUUAUGUUGAAAUAAUGGAAUAGAACUAAACAUUAAUGCACUCAAAUACAUAUUAAUGUACAACACAUUAUAUCUA